UGUACAAGUAGAACAUGAAGUCCAACCCAACCCUUUUAGUCCACUUGGUUCUUUCAGUCUUCCAAAAACGCAAAUGUACUAUUUAGUAUUUCCCAUUCUUUCUUGUAUCAUCUAGUUUUGAGUUUAGACUAUUUCAGCACCAGAGCAUUGAAUCUUAAGUGUGCUGAUGCAGCCUUACAAUGAAAUGGCCAAUAACAUCCUUUAUCAUGAACAGAAACUCACCCUUGAUGAUGGUUCCGUUCUCAACAACUCUCCAAAUAUCUUAACCCCAAACCACAUUCAUCACCCUAUUCUCCAACACUAUCAUUACUCACAAUCUUUACAGAACACACAACAACAGAAAGAACGGUGUCACGAAGAAUAUCAACAUUUUUAUCAAUCACAUGAGGUACACCAGCAUAAAUUUCAACCAUCACAACAACAACAAACACAUUCUUUGGGUGACAUUAUUGUAAAUCGUUACAUUGAAUGCGAAGGAUCCAAUGCCAGAGUAUCUUUUUGGAAAGCAUUCAACAACACGGUGCUAUGUGAUGCAACAGAAAAACAACAACAUGAAAAGGAAAACAACGAGAGAUGUUUGGUUUCCGACAACAACUUUGCUGGUGAGCUUGAAGCUGUGUACAAACUUGGUCAGAAUCAAGUGUUCGUGGAGGAACAUGAUUCGAGGAGAAGGGCUAGGAAGAAGAAGCAAAAGAAGAGACUGAAGGAAGAAAUGAGUUUGAUGAGAGUGUUCUUUAAAAGAUUGACCAAAACUGUGGUUAAUCACCAAGAGGUUCUUCAGAAUAAAUUGUUGGAGGUGAUUGAUAGAAUGGAAAAAGAAAGGAUGCAGAGGGAAGAAAAUUGGAGGCGGGAAGAAAGUGAAAUAUACGAAAGAGAAGCUGUGAUGAAAGCACGUGAGCGUGAUUUUGCUAAACGGAGAGAAUCUUCCAUUGUUUCCAGCAUUGAGAAAAUAACAGGUCGAAGAUUUUCUAGUCAGUGACAGUAAUAGAAUAGAAGAUUAAUGUAAGGAUUAUUUAAAUUUUAUUAUAGAUGUAGUUUUAGUUUGUGUUGAAAGAAAGAUUGAAAUUUGCCAACUACAUUCAUUUGCAGAAAAUGCUGAAUGCAUGUCACAACUGCAACCAUCAAUAAUGAUGUAGUUUUAAUAUGAUUAGUUUGCAUAUCCUGAACUUUGGUUGAGAUGUAAAAGUAAGUGAAUGGUCAGGAUGCCUGCAUUGAACCAAA